AUGUGGGAAGAAAUAGCAGACACCUUGAACAAAUGCACUGUGCCGAAAUUCAGGGUUGAUAAGCGAUCAGUCCGAGACCACGUGGGAAUCCUUGUUUACAAGCAUAAGAAGAAACUUCUAGCGGAGGAAAAAGCAACUGGGAUAACUCCUGAUGAGCUAACGGAACUAGAAAACCUAUUGGAUAUGAUCAUCGCGUUGGAGGGAAGUGGCGAAGCGGAAUUACAGGAAACACCGGAAACAGCAAGCAAAAAACGUCAAUACGAUCGGGAUAAAGCGGAAGAUGUUAGACUAAAGGCGAUGGAGUAGCUGUCAGAGAUGAAGAAAAGAAGUUCAUCAGCGGAUGA